UAAAUAGAAUUUGUCUUUAUUCAGAGCAAGUCGACUGUGGAGUCUUGCGUCUUGAUCUCCAAGAAAUUCCCCACUAAUAUUAUAACUUAGCAAAUGCUAUACGACAAAUUAUAUAAUAGUGUACAAAAACACAAAUAUAAAACUCACCAUCCAUUUCAUCAUUCACUCCCACACUUUCUUCCAUUUUUGAAAAGCUUUACCUGUGACCACCACACUUCCAUUCUCAAUCCAUGGACGGCCAUUCAGGAAUGCAUGGCCAUGGCUUCGGUAAUGCCAGAACUCCUUUGUUAGACAGACAUGCCUUAGGGAGAAAGAGAAAUGAUGCUGGAGAUGGUCAGCUGGGAGACCUUGAGCAUGGUGAUUCUGUUCCGGCACCAAAUGUUGGAUUUGGCAGAGUUAUUUCACUUGCAAAGCCUGAAGCAGGAAAUUUGGUAUUGGCCACAAUUGCUUUGCUGUUUGCAGCAACAUCAAGCAUUUUGAUUCCAAAAUUUGGGGGAAAGAUAAUUGAUAUUGUUUCAGGUGAUAUCCAAACACCUGAACAAAAAUCAGAAGCUUUAAAUGCAGUCAAGAACACAAUACUUGAAAUCUUUCUGAUUGUCAUCGUCGGUUCUGUUUGCACAGCACUUCGAGCAUGGCUAUUCUCUUCUGCUAGUGAAAGGGUUGUAGCCAGGUUGAGAAAGAACUUGCUAAGUCACCUUGUUCACCAGGAGAUAGCUUUCUUCGAUGUUACUCGAACUGGGGAGCUCCUCAGUAGGCUAUCUGAAGAUACCCAGAUCAUAAAGAAUGCUGCAACUACUAAUCUUUCAGAGGCUUUGAGGAAUCUUGCUACUGCAUUUAUUGGUCUUGGGUUUAUGUUUCAAACAUCAUGGAAAUUAACAUUGUUGUCGCUAGCUGUUGUACCAGUCAUAUCAGUUGCAGUACGCAGAUUUGGUCGCUACAUGCGUGAGCUUUCCCACAAAACUCAAGCUGCUGCAGCAGUAGCCUCGUCCAUUGCUGAGGAAACUUUUGGCGCCAUACGCACAGUGAGAUCAUUUGCGCAGGAAGAUUACGAGAUUUCACGCUAUUCGGAGAAAGUUGAUGAGACCUUAAAUCUUGGGCUUGGACAAGCUAAAGUGGUUGGCCUUUUCUCUGGAAGCUUAAAUGCUGCAUCUACUCUAUCAGUUAUUGUAGUAGUAAUAUAUGGAGCCACUCUGACUAUCCAAGGCGCUAUGACACCUGGAGCUCUUACAUCCUUUAUACUCUACAGCUUAACAGUUGGAUCAUCCGUAUCUGGACUUUCUGGAUUAUAUACUGUAGCAAUGAAAGCUGCUGGAGCCAGCAGACGGGUUUUUCAGAUCUUGGAUCGCACAUCAUCCAUGCCAAAAUCAGGAGACCUAUGUCCAUUGGGUGAUCAAGCUGCAGAGGUUGAACUGGAUGAUGUCUGGUUUGCCUAUCCAUCACGUCCUAGCCACAUGGUCCUCAAGGGUAUAACAAUGAAACUACAAUCUGGUUCAAAGGUUGCACUGGUUGGUCCAAGUGGUGGUGGAAAGACUACAAUAGCAAAUUUGAUAGAGAGAUUCUAUGAUCCUGUUAAAGGGAAGAUCUUGCUCAAUGGGGUUUCUCUGGUUGAAAUAUCUCAUAAGCACCUACACCAUAAGGUUAGUAUAGUGAGCCAGGAACCUGUUCUUUUCAACUGUUCCAUCGAAGAAAAUAUUGCCUAUGGAUUGGGCGGCAAAGCAAGCAGUGAAGAUAUAGAAAAAGCAGCUAAAAUGGCUAAUGCUCAUGAAUUUGUAUCCAAAUUUCCCGAAAAAUAUCAAACCCAUGUCGGAGAACGAGGAUUGAGACUUUCUGGUGGUCAGAAACAGAGAAUUGCCAUAGCUAGAGCACUGCUGAUGAACCCUACAAUUUUAUUGUUGGAUGAGGCCACGAGUGCUCUGGAUGCUGAAAGUGAAUAUCUUGUUCAGGAUGCCAUGGAUUCCCUGAUGAAAGGUAGAACCGUUCUUGUCAUAGCUCACAGGCUUUCAACAGUCAAGAGCGCGAAUACUGUAGCUGUUGUUUCAGAUGGUCAAAUAGUGGAAAGUGGCACACAUGAUGACCUUCUGAACAAGAAUGGGAUCUACACAGCACUGGUGAGGAGGCAGUUGCAGGGAUACAAAUCUGAUAGCUAGUUUUUAUCUUUGUUAAAAAAAAGCAUCUGAUAAACUAUGUUAGCAAACCACAAAUGUUCAAUGUACUUGUAUUAUUCACAUAUAGAAAGUGUAAGGAGCAGCCAUCAUCAUUAUUCCAUAAAUGACAGAUUUGUGACAAUAGUUCGAUAUC